CAACGAGGUCGAGCUCGGAGCGCAACCGCCCUCGACCCCCCCCUUCCUCCCCCUCCCCCCCCCUCGAACCACAACAAAAAUAGGAAGGAUCGACGUCGAGGAGAGAGAAAGAAGAAAGAAGAAGAAGAAGAAGAAGAGGAGAGAGAAGGUCCUCGAGAACGAAGGAGAACCAGGAGAAGAGAGAGAAAGAAAAGAGAGACACACAGAGAAGAAGAAGAAGAAGAAGAGGAGGAGGAGAGAUUGCUGUGUAGUCUAAGAUUCCUGUUGGAAAGGAAGGAAGCAGAGAAGAAGAAGAAGAAGAGAGAGAGAGAGAGGAGUGAGGUCUACGCUCCUGUGGGGUUUUAUUUUUGGGAGAGGAAUAAGCAGCCGGGGUUAUUUGGUGGGGAAGAAAGCACAAAAAUGAAUCGUCGAAUAUCAACAGCUCUAUCAGACUUAGUCUUAGCUUUGUCUGCUGUAUGGGGUUUCCGUAUGCUGAGUGAGAAUCGCACUGCUGACUUCCAGUUUGGGAAAUGGUGGUUUAUGCUGAUGACUAUGGCAGCUUCCCUUGGCGUUGCCAGAUUUGGAGCAUUGUUGCCCAGUUAUGAGGCAGGUAUUGUGAAAUAUCACAUGGUAUUCUCAUGGUUGUGCCGAGCUAUAGGUGUUCCAUGUCUUGCAGCAGAGGUGUGCAAAUACUAUACAUUUACUACAGCUGGACAGGGCUUUUUGUUAAGUGCUGUUGCGACAUUCAUAACAUCUUCACUCCGAAGUAGCUACAAGGAAAAAGUUACGGAUCUCAUAAAUGGAUUAUCAGUUAUCAUGAUUUUAGUGUUGGGUAUAACAGGUGGUAAUGCGUGUCUCAUAAUAACUAGCGUUCUUUUCAUGCUGUCGGGCAUAGUUGGCGUCGAAGGUGAUAUCGAGUUGCUUAAGUUGCCUCGUGUAGAUGUCUUCCACUAUAUCCUCGUUGGCAUUAAUUGUUUUGUUGUAUGGGGAUUUCAAAACUAAAUUUAUUUUGUUACAUAUCCCUAGGUCAUAUUGUGAUUUUCAAGACCUCUUAAAAAGUUGUAUGCAGUUUUCUUACUUUUUUCCCACAAAACUGUCUAGUCACAAAUUUCAUGGUUCGCUUUUAAUGGAAUUCCAAAGGGAACACAGGACCAAGUAUUCUUUAGAUUGCAGUUUCAUUACAAGUAAUAGCAAAGUAGGUGAAUUCAUUGUUAUCAAUUUUCUUUUUCUUUUUUUCUUUUUUUGGAAAAUAGAUACAUAAACCAUUCUUAUCAAACACAUUGUAUUUAUGUUUACCUGAGCAGGUUUGCUAUUUGAAGUCUGCUCACAUCUGCAAAAUCAUUAUAAAUUACCCCAAUGCCUUGAUAACUGCUAUGAGGAAAUUUGUCCAUAUUUGAAAAAUCUUCAAGCAGUCAUUUAUAUAUUUAUUUAGUACUUUUUGAAGUUCUAGAAAUUCGUAGAACAUUAGUACAGAAAAAAAAAAUCAACUGUAUUGAUAAGGGAGUUAUUAGUUGACUAGACUUCAUGUGAGAAUGAUUAAAAGAAAAUUUGAAUAUAAAGUGGAAAAAUAUUUUACGUAAUCAAUAAAUAAUUUAGUUUAGAAUGCAGAAUGAACUUUUCUUGAUGAUGGUGGGAGGGCAGCAUUCAUAUACAUGCCCUGUCCACUGUGAUCUUAUCUUUUAUUUAUAUAUUUUUUCACAUAUAGAUAGCUACAGAACCACUUAGCCAUCAAGGAGCCAAUUACUGCAGCUCACGUCUCUACCCCAUCCCUUGAACUUUUUGGAAAGAACAUUUUUUUAUUUGUUUUAAUUCAAGGGUGAAGAGGUGAUGCCAAGUAAUUUACUCAUUGGGGACUAAGUGCUUGUGAAUCCAUCUGUGUGUAAACAAAAAUUGACAAAAUAGAACUAAACAGAACGUUGCUAAUACUCAUCCCUAAUAGAUAAAAAAUAAGAGAAUAGGGUAGGAAAAUUGCAUGAGAUUAUCAUCUUGUAAAUUAAAUUAAUAACUGUCUAACCUUGUUAUAAUUUUGUGGUCAUAACAUUUGAAUGUUGAAAGUUUAUCUGUUAAUUGUUAAGGUUGAUGUACAAGCUCUUGAUAUGAAUACUGUUUGGAUAAUUGUGUGUAGACCCGAAUAAAUAAACAAAAAUAU